AAACCUCCUCUUUGAAUUGCGAUACUUUGAACUCUAGAUUGGAUGGACUCCUCUGUGACUAGCGACAAGCCAAGACACCAACCCAUAACAAUGAAGCUUCUGAGACUGCUUUUAGCCUACCGUCGAUUCCUGCUCAUUCUUUUCACUCCCCUUGUACUACUUCCAUUGCCUCUCAUCAUCAGAACCAAAGAAGCAGAAUGUGCAUACACAUUGUUUGUGGUGGCAAUCUUUUGGCUUACAGAAGCAUUGCCCUUGGCUGUUUCAGCUCUACUCCCUGCCUUAAUGUUUCCGCUGUUUGGAAUUAUAGCUUCCAAAGAGGUGGCAUCUGCUUAUUUCAAAGACUUUCAUCUGCUAUUAACAGGAGUAAUUUGUUUGGCGACAUCAAUAGAAAAAUGGAAUUUGCAUAAGAGAAUCGCUUUGAAAAUGGUGAUGCUAGUGGGUGUUAACCCUGCAUGGCUAACCCUUGGUUUCAUGGUCAGCAGUGCCUUCUUGUCCAUGUGGCUUAGCAACACCUCUGCUGCUGCUAUGGUGAUGCCCAUUGUCGAGGCAGUGGCUCAGCAAAUCAUCAGCGCUGAAGCCGAAGUCGAUGCGGUAGAUAUGACUUAUGCAAAUGGAGCCACCAACCAUGCCCUGGAACUUGAUGAAAAUAUUAAUGAUUGCGAAGCAGAUGACUGGAAAGAAAAGGCAAAGCAAGCAAACGGAUACUGCAAUGGUACUGCUAAUACUGCUCACAUGGCGUGCCCGAUUGAAAAAGAAAAGCAGAAUCCAGCAGUGAGUGAAAUGGGUAGAAAAUACCGAAACCAACGGGACCACAUGAUGUGUAAAGUCAUGUGCCUGUGCAUUGCAUAUUCGUCUACUAUUGGAGGACUGACUACCAUCACCGGGACUUCAACCAACUUGAUAUUUUCUGAGCAUUUCAAUACACGAUACCCAGGUUGCCAGUGCAUCAAUUUUGGAUCCUGGUUUAUUCUCUGCAUUCCCAUCACGAUUAUCAUUCUGUUGCUCUCAUGGGUUUGGCUUCAGUGGCUUUUCCUAGGUUUCAAUUUCAAAGAAAUGUUCCAGUGUGGCAAGACAAAGACAGCCAGGGAACUGGCUUCAGCACGAGUAAUUGAAGAUGAAUACAAGAAACUCGGAUGCAUCACCUACCCAGAAAUUGUCACCCUUAUCCUGUUCUUUCUGAUGGCCCUGUUAUGGUUUACUAGAGAUCCUGGAUUCAUCCCUGGUUGGGCCUCACUUUUCCCAGAAUACCCAGGAUUUGCUACAGAUUCAACAGCCGCUUUACUCAUUGGCCUCCUCUUCUUCAUUGUACCAGCAAAAACAUUGUCUAAAUCUUCAAAUGGACAAAGCAUUGCUUUUGAUUACACUCCACUGAUUACUUGGAAAGAGUUUCAGGCAUGCAUGCCUUGGGAAAUUGCCAUUCUCGUUGGUGGAGGAUUCGCAAUAGCAGAUGGCUGUGAGGUUUCACAACUCUCAGCCUGGAUAGCAAGCAAAUUAACUCCUUUGGGAUCGCUACCUGUAUGGUUGAUUAUUCUCAUCUCAUCUUUGAUUGUCACCUCAGUGACUGAAGUGGCAAGCAAUCCUGCCACUAUAACCAUAUUUCUGCCUAUCCUAGCCCCUUUGGCUGAAGCCAUUCAUGUGAACCCCCUUUAUAUUUUGAUCCCCUCAACCCUCUGCACAUCAUUUGCAUUCCUGCUGCCAGUAGCAAAUCCACCCAAUGCCAUUGUGUUUUCCUAUGGGCACCUGAAAGUCAUUGACAUGGUAAAAGCUGGUUUGGGUGUCAAUAUAAUUGGAGUUGCUGUUGUCAUGCUUGCUGUUAUGACGUGGGCCGUGCCUUUGUUUCAUCUCAGUGCUUAUCCCAGUUGGGCCCCCCUGGUUACUAACAACACCGGACCUUAA